CUGAGAGGGGACAGUUCCAUCAAUCAAUCAAACUAUCUAAUAGCAAACUCAAAGAGCUUCAGAGAGUCGCUGUGAAACUUCAAGAACAAUCUUGGAUUCUUUGAAGUAGUUGUCAAUGGAGAAUAAUGAAUCACUCUUUUCUCCAGCAAACCCGCAUUUCUUCCAGCCUCUUCUUACCGAUUUCGAGAGCCAUCUCACAAUUCCUGCGACGUUCUUCUCCAAGCAUAUACAGGGAAAACACGAGGGUAAGACUGUUCAACUGAGAUCAGAUGCUUCGGACAGAACAUGGAAAGUGAAGAUGGAAGGCCAUAGGCUCACUGAUGGUUGGAAAGAGUUCGCCAAGGCACAUGAUUUUCGGGUCGGUGACGUCGUUAUCUUCAGACACGAAGGAGACAUGUUGUUCCAUGUUACUCCUUUUGGAACCAGUUUCUGUGAGAUCCAAUACGUAUAUUCUGCUAGCCACUACAAAUACAAAGAAGAGAGUGACGUAAUUGGAGAAGAAUCUUCGUCCAAGCUCACAUGUUUUAGCCAAUCUGUGACGGUUUCAAAUCUAUCAAGAGGAGCUGUGGGUGUACCCUUGGAUUUUGCAAGUCAAAAUGGUUUGAACAAAGGGAGGCGUGUGAUAGCUUUGAGGAACCAAGAAGGAAAGACUUGGGAAUCUGAAUUAAAGACAACGAGUUCUGGUCAGGUUUUCAUAUGUCGAAACUGGAGAAGUUUUUGCACGGCGAGUAAGUUAAAAGUUGGAGACUCUUUCCAGUUGAAACUGCUUCAAAACAAGGAGAGGCCUGUGUUUCAACUCUGCAGCCGCUUGAAGGGGAGGCCGAAGAAGGAGACUCUAUCCGAAGAAGGAGACAAAACUGAAAACCCCCGGUUUGUGAAGAUAACUCCUACAGCAAGUAGCCUUGAGAAUGGUAAACAGCAUCUACCGGUACAUUUCACGAGAGCGAACAAACUCAACAGGCCGGGGAAGAUAGUAUUGGUAGACAAAGACAAAGUCGAGUGGUCGAUGAAGCUUAAGGCCGAUACAAGAUCUAUGUAUAUUAUUGGUGGUAAGGGUUGGAAAAGUUUCUGUGCAGCGAAUGAAGUUCUCGCAGGAGAGUCUCUAACUCUGGAGUUGAUCCGACGUGGGAGAAUCCCUGUGCUCAAGUUUUGCUCCAAGGUUAAGAAAGAGACUCUAACCGAGGAAGAUAAUCUUGGUGAAACACCCCGGUUUGUGAAGAUAACUACUACAGCAAGCAGCCUUGAGAUUGGUAGACAGCAUCUGCCGGUACAUUUCACGAGAGGGAACAAGCUCAAGAGGCCGGGGAAGAUAGUAUUGGUAGACAAAGACAAUGUGGAGUGGUCGAUGAAACUUAAUGAGGAUAUUAGAAGUGGAACUAUGUAUAUCAUGGGUGGUAAGGGUUGGAAAAGUUUCUGCGCAGCUAACGAAGUAGUCGUAGGAGAGCCUCUGACUCUGGAGUUGAUCCGACGUGGGAGAAUUCCUUUCCUCAAGUUUUGCUCCAAGAUGGAGCAACCACCGUUUAAAACAAAGGCUGGAGGACGCAAGAGAACACGAGUUCAGAGACUGAGCCAGGAAAGUAGAUCGAAGCAUGACGUCUCAAAUCAGGAGGCUAAGGUUAAAACAGAGUGCUUAAGCUAAUAUAACUACUUUCUAAGACACAACAACAGUUCUUCCUAUGUUCAAGUUCUGCUCCAUGGUCAACAAAAACCUAGCUCCUAUGUGCAUCCAAGUUGUCUAGUUAUGAUUUUGAACUAGUUGGCUAAGAGUCCAAGCGUGAAGCGUCUGUUUAUUGUUUAGGCAAAGUAAAAUCUUUUAUCUACUUGACGAUUCUGUGUCAUAUGAAUGGCAAACAAUUUGGAAAUUCAGCAGUACUAAGAACAUUCAAACUUCUAUUUAUAUUAUAAUCAACCUUUUGCAC